AUGGCGCUCCCCCGUGACUUGGGAUGCUGUGCGGUGGGCGCAGGGCCAAGGGGAAGGGGCGCCACGUCCCGCAGGAUCGAAGGGAUUGGACAGGCAGCACACAACGAGGAUACGAAGGCACUUGCGUUGUNCCCCCCCUCUCCCUUUUUUUUUCACCACACACAAUACACACCUGGGUUUCUACCAAUGGCCCGCGCCAUGCUCUUCUUUUCCCUCUUUGCCAGAAGUCUUCUUCGCCUUCAUUGCCGCUACUACAGCCGCGUUAUAUUCGCCACAAGUACGUAUCGAGGUCGCUGCCCGUCAAGUCUGGGGCAGUUGGCAACCGUGUAA